CUCCCGGUACGGGUCAAGGAUUAUAAGCUCCCGUGGGAGCACAAUGUACAUCUGCUCCCAUGGGUAAAACCCUCUUUUAGGGUUUUAUAUAUUUUUUGUGGCAUUAGGGUUUCUCGUCCUUAGGCGAACCUCCAUCCUCCAUUUGUAGGCGUUUUUACAGAUCCAUAUUGGUCAGUUCUGCCAACUAGAGCCACAAAAGAUGCUUGUUCUCUUUGAAACCCCAGCGGGUUUCGCCUUAUUCAAACUCUUAGAUGAAGGAAAACUCGACAAAGUUGAUGACUUAUGGAAGGAGUUCACUACAGUGGACAAUGCGAAAAAGAUUGUCAAGCUAAAGGCUUUCAGCAAGUUCGAGAAUACCGCCGAAGCUUUAAGUGCUGCCACUUUAUUGAUAGAUAGCAAACCGAGCAAGGGCCUACGCAAAUUUCUGCGUGCACAUUGUGAUAAUGAAAUAUUAGCUGUCGCUGAUUCAAAGUUGGGGAGUGUGAUCAAGGACAAAUUGCAAAUAGAAUGCAUCCAUAACAAUGCUGUGACGGAGCUGAUGAGGUGUUUACGAGCUCAAUUGACUGAACUUAUUGUGGGGCUUGGGGUUCAAGAUUUGGCUCCAAUGAGUCUUGGAUUAUCUCAUAGCCUAUCUAGGUACAAACUCAAAUUCAGCCCUGACAAGGUUGAUACCAUGAUCAUUCAAGCCAUUGGUUUGUUAGAUGAUCUUGACAAAGAGCUCAAUACUUAUGCCAUGAGAGUUAAGGAGUGGUAUGGUUGGCAUUUCCCAGAGCUGGCGAAGAUUGUCCAAGACAAUAUACAGUAUGCCAAGGUUGUAAAACUCAUGGGUCAUCGUGCCAAUGCUGCUGAGCUUGAUUUUUUAGAGAUAUUACCGGAAGAGGUUGAGGCUGAGCUAAAAGAAGCUGCAGUAAUAUCAAUGGGCACUGAAAUCAGUGACCUUGAUAUGGACAAUAUUAGAUCUCUUUGUGACCAAGUGUUAUCUCUUUCAGAAUACAGAGCUCAACUAUAUGACUAUUUGAAAAGCAGGAUGAACACUAUUGCUCCGAACUUGACUGUGCUUGUAGGCGAACUUGUUGGAGCUCGCCUUAUUGCACAUGGUGGAAGCUUGUUGAAUCUAGCAAAGCAACCAGGGAGCACUGUUCAGAUUCUAGGGGCCGAGAAGGCUCUUUUCAGAGCAUUGAAAACUAAACAUGCGACUCCAAAGUAUGGGCUCAUAUUUCAUGCAUCCCUGAUAGGGCAAGCUCCGCCCAAAUUUAAAGGAAAGAUUUCCAGAUCUCUUGCAGCAAAAACUGCCCUUGCUAUCCGUUAUGAUGCUCUCGGGGAAUCUCAGGAUGCUUCAAUGGGCCUCGAGAAUCGUGCUAAGAUCGAGGCCCGGUUAAGGAGUCUCGAGGGGAGAGAAUUAGGCCGAGCUGCUGGCUCAACUAAAGGAAAGAUGAAAGUAGAAGUCUAUAACAAGGAUCGAAAGAAGAGUGAUGCGGGGUUGUUAACCGCAGCCAAGACAUACAACCCUGCUGCCGAUUCAACUCUUGGGAAGCCGCCAUUGCUUGAGGAAGGAAAGAGACCUUCAAAAAAGAGAAAGCAAGAAGACUGGGAAGGGAGAGAUGAGGAAAUGGGUGCAGUUGAAGCUGAAGAACGUGGAGAAGAGAAAGGGGAGAAGAAGAAGAAGAAAAAAACCCAAGUGCCAGAAAAUAUGGAGAUUGAAACUCAUGAUCAAAGUGGUGAACCAGCAGUGGGAGAGACAGGAGAAAAGAAAAAGAAAAAGAAGAAGCAACUCCAAGAACCCCAAAACAUAGAUGCGGAAACUGCUGAUCAAGGUGGCGAACCAGAAGAGAAAGGAGAGGAGAAGAAGAAAAAGAAGAAGAAGACUGAAGAAGAGAAUGUGGACAACCAAAUUGAAGAAGUUGAACCUAACAAAGUCGAAGAUGGAGAAAAGAAAAAGAAGAAGAAGAAGAAGAAGAAGAGAAAUGAUGAAUAGGUGCUAUCAGAGAGUUUGCAGGUGAAGCAUGGACAUUCACAGGCUUGGGGAAGGAGCAGGAGUGGGUUCGAUGGUGAGAGAAAAGUGUCUCGAGAACACACUUCAAUCUCACACAAGUGCAUAGAUUUUCACCCCAAUUUUAAUUAUGUAGGAUUCUUAGUAGUAUCUGAUAGUUCUCUAUCUAAAUUUCCUGCUGGAAUUUUGAAUGUUUCCUGAACAGGAAAACUCUAGGCGGUUGCUUUGCUUGAAUUGAGGUUUUAUAUUUAUGUAUAUUUGGCUUUUGAAUGUAGGUUACUUUAUAAGAUUGGUUUUGCUGUAGAGGAAUGUGUACUUACCCGUUCAGUUACAUGGGGAUCUACAGUUACAUGUCCAAUGUGAAGCAUAAACUGAAAAAACAUGGAGUCAUGAAGGUUGGUCUAAUGAUCUAGAUGAGGUAUUUUAGCCCUUUUCUUGGUGA